AUGGCAAAUGAAUUGGUCAGGAAUUGGAAAACAAAGGAACUUCUAGCAUUUUUGCGAGAGCAAAAGGACUUGCAACUUGAUUUUGAAGAUUUAAGGCUUAUUUACGAGGCAAAACUUACAGGGCAUACCUUUCUUCUUUUGACAAAAGAUGAACUUAAAGAUUGCAAUUUGAAGAUGGGAUCAGCUUUAGCAAUCUUAAACUUAAUUAAGAACAUUAAGGAGAAUAACUUUACAAUUUCUGACAUGCCAAGUGACAUUCCUUCAUUUGAAAAUAUCAAGACGUGGAAACAUCCCCAGGCUAAGUAUUUUGAGAUUUAUCCCUAUGAGAUCUGGUCAUUAAGCCAUUUUGUUAACUGGGCAAUUGACAGUGGCUCUUGCAACUCUUUCGGGUACGUCCUGAUUAAGAGGGUACGUCCACUGCAAGUAGCUGAAUUGGGUGCACAUUUCCUGGGUACAUCCUGGGAGAUGCUUGGUUCGAUAUUGCAGCAGUAUGUGAACUAUGGGAUAAUUCUCCAACAAACUAUGAUAGGAAAAAGGCGAGAUAAAAUAUAUUUGGACAAUGAUCAUGACGAAAUAUUAAAGAAGGCUAAAAUUACAAAUAAAAUUAAUGUUCCAAUUCUCAAUGUCGAGUCCUUAGAAGGAACUUCCACUACUUUUAAGGUUGUUGCGAAAAAUGAAACGGAGGCAAAUAAAAAAACAAUAAUCCCACACUGCAAUCCUAGUUUCAUAGAUUUCCGUUCUGAGGUGGGGAUGUUGUUUGUUGACAAAACCAUAUAUAUUAAGAAGCUAGAAGAGGAAGGUUUGAGGUUCAGAGUUCUUUUCCUUAGACCACGUAGAUUUGGAAAAUCGGCAUUCCUUGAUAUGCUCUGCCAAUAUUAUGACAUUAAAAAUGCAGACAAAUUUUCUCGGCUUUUUGGACCACUUUAUAUUGGACAACAUCCUACGAAUUCACAAAACAAAUGUUUAGUUCUUAAAUUUGAUCUCUCAUCCAUUAAUGUUCAUUUUUAUAAAAUGAUGGAGGAAAGUUUCAAUGGGAAUGUUAAUCAUGUAUUGCGAGAUUUUGUUGAGAAAUACGACGAAGAGCUGGAAUAUCCAGACAUUGACAAAUUAAUCGUCAAGCAAGCCUCUAUAUCUCUUCAAAAUGUCAUGUCUACCGUAAGCAAUCAGUUUAUUGGAGUUGAUGAAUAUGACACUCCGGGUAACAACUGCGCGUUCAAACAUGAAUUUCAUAUUCUGAAUGAUACAGAGCGUAAUGAUGUUGAUGUUGUUGAGCAAUUUUCAUAUACAAAUUUUUUUGCAGUAAUCAAAAGAGGAUGCUGUGGCCCUAUUGAUAAAUUAUAUGUCACAGGAGUUGCCCCUGCAUUCCGUGCAGGGCUUAGUCCGCUUCUUAUAUUGGAUGAUAUCUCAGAAAGACCACAAUUCUUUGGAAUUUGCGGUUUUACGGAAGAAGAAGUACAGUCAAUUGCUAAAUGUUAUUUUGAUAAUAAUAUGCAGAUAGUAAAUGAUGCAAUGGAUCAAAUGAGACAUCUGUAUUUUGGAUAUAACUUUGUUAACACAGGAUCCAAUACUCAAACCCCCUUUCUAUAUAAUAUUCAUCUAAUUUUUCAUUAUUUGAGAGAAAGACAAAGUCGCGGCCUUGUUUUUAAACCUUCAGAGUCAGCUGCUGUAAAUUCAACAAAGAUACUCACAUGCAUCGCUGACCAGAGCCCAGUCUCUAUUGACGAUCUCUUCAAAUUUCUCACAAAUGGGAUGGUUUUUACCAAACUUCAAAAUAAUUUUAAUUAUUCUGAUUUCCUCAGGACUGGAGAACAAGAUAUAGAAUAUCAUCAACGGCUCACAUGGUCUUUUUUGUAUUAUUUUGGGAUAUUGACGCGUGACUAUGCUGGAAAAUUGAUAAUCCCAAAUCAAGUAACAAGGACUGAAGUUAUAACCCGAAUUGUGGACUAUAUAAGUUCCAACAGAAAUCUUUUUCAACACAGACUUCCUGCAUACAAUCAACUUAUACGUGGCUCCGUAAAUCCACUGGUAGAACUCACAAAAAACUUCUUCAAUAAUAGACCUAUGAUAUCAUUAAGAACUGCCAACGAAGCCGUGAUGCAAAAAAGUGGUGACGGACGCUUUGGUUUUGUGGACCUUUUUGUUUUUGAAAGUGGGGAUGGCCCAUUGAUAUCAAAUGUUGUAUUAGAACUCAAAUAUAUUACAAUUACUGGCCUGUUAAGUGGAGCACAGGGAUUCUGGAUAAAGAACCCAGACACAAAAAUUAUGAACCUGUUGGAUAAAUAUCUUGAGAAUGAGAAUGAAGAGCAGUUGUUGCAACGUAAAUAUAUGUAUUAG